AUGACACCGGGUGUUGCAGAAGAUCACGCCAUGGUAGGCAUAGGUAACAACAAUGUAGAGCCUUUAAUGCCAAGGAGCACUGUGCAUUUAGAGUUCAACGACAUAAACUGCUGCAUAAACACAUUUGCCAUUCAUAAAUUAAGAUUCGUACCAAAGCACAUACUGAAAGGAGUGAGUGGCUGCUUUAAGCCGGGCGAAUUAACAGCUAUAAUGGGUCCUUCGGGAGCUGGCAAGACCACACUUUUAAACAUACUUGCCGGAUAUUCAACUAAAGGAGCGAAGGGUGAAAUAAAGGUCAACGGAGUGCAAAUAUGCGCAUCGCAAUCGAAUAGUCGCGGCGGCGCACGGUACAUUCGCCAACAGGAUGACCUCCGGGUGCAUCUCACAGUGUAUGAAUCCAUGUCUCUAGCAGCUGCACUUAAAUUGGCUGACUUCACAUCACACGAGAGGAAAGAGAAAGUAUAUGAAAUUCUCGCUCUCCUAGGACUUAGUGGAGCGGCUCAAACUGUUUGUAGAGACCUAUCCGGUGGACAGAAACGAAGACUUGCAGUUUCCUUAGAACUACUAUCCGAUCCAUCUUUAUUAUUCUUAGACGAGCCUACAACGGGCUUGGAUUCAUCAGCAUCGGCAUCUCUCAUCACACUGUUAAACGGCUUGGCUCGUGGCGGAAGGACUCUGAUAGCAACUAUUCAUCAACCGUCAGCAUUGCUCUUCGAAAAGAUUGAUUCAGUUUACUGCCUGGCGAAUGGCAGAACGUUAUAUUCAGGACCAAGAGUACACCUUUUACCGGCAUUAUCUAGCGCUGGACUGCGCUGCCCACCAUACCAUAAUCCAGCUGAUUUCUUAAUGGAAGUUGCUUCUGGUGAAUAUGAAGUGGACCUCGUGAAAGUUGCAAAAACUAUGACACAUUUCAAACCGGAACAAACCGCCGCUGCUUGCUUGGAAGAUGUUCCUACCAUACAUAACCAUCUAAGUAUACAUGACGAUCUUAAGCCAAAGGCUCUACAGAGCAACGCCAAAUAUCAACGAAGUUAUUGUAAAAGCAUUUACCGAUCGUCUGGAAAUUUACGACAGAUUUGGAUUUUACUUUAUAGAAACUAUUUAAUGACCACGAGGAAUUACUCUCUAUUCAUGUACAGAAUUGCAGCCCAUGUUGUAAUAGCUCUCAUCUUUGGAUAUUUGUAUUUUGGUGUGGGGAGCGAAGCGAGCAGUGUUCUCGGAAACUAUGUUUACUUGUAUGGAUCAAUGUUACUCGUAGUAUACACCGGAAAGAUGUCGGUAACACUUUCAUUUCCUUUAGAAAUGGAUAUCCUAAAAGGCGAAUAUUUUAAUCGCUGGUAUAACUUAGGACCGUACAUAUUUUCAAUUUUAGCGGUUGAACUACCAUUUCAGAUGAUUUCUUGCGUUUCAUACGUGGUACUAUCUUACUGGCUAACGGAUAACCCAUUGGAGCCAACGCGAGCAACACUAUUUCUAGCCACCAUUGUAGCUACAUCGCUUUGUGCACAAGCGUGGGGCUACUUUAUUGGUUCUACGACACCAACAAAGAUUGCAGUAUUCAUAGGUCCAGUUUUGGCGUGUUUGUUUUCUAUAUUCGGCUUCUGUCUCGCCUUAUCGGAUACUCCCUAUCCGUUCCGUUGGCUGCACCACAUUUCCUACUUCAGAGCUGGUUUUCACGUCGCUGUUCAUUCUGUAUACGGCUUUAACAGAACUAAGAUUCAUUGCGCAAAAGAAUAUUGUCAUUACCUCACACCAAGCAAGUUCCUUGUGGAGAUGGAUAUGGCCCACGUGGACAUUGGUGGAAAUAUGGCUCUCGUUCUAUCGACCACAGUCCUCAUGCACCUCCUAACCUGUGGCGCUCUUUGGUAUCGACUUAACAAGAGAUGA